ACUUCUUCCCGCAGUAGGUGCACUGGUAGGGAGUUUCACCGGUGUGCAAUCUGUUCCGGAGGAAGAGAAAGAGAAAAGAAGGUAUCAGCGCUGGGUGAUCGGUGAUCGAAGUUAGCCCUGGAGAGAGGGACAUUCGUGUUGUUGCGUUUCCGAGGAAAGUUAGGUAAACUUUGGUCGCCAUGCAGAAUCAAGACCCGGUUCCCUCAACGUCUGGGCAAGCGGAAGGUGCAACCCAAGUCACGCCCUUUGACGAGUUGAGCCGCAACCCGUUCGUGAACUUUGCACGACCGUAUCACCGGAAAGGCCUGCGCGCCAGCGAAGCGAUCAAGCGGGCCGCCAAUGAUUGGAACCGGUUAACACCCGAGGACAAGGAACCAUACCAACGGGAAGCGGCCGCAGCACUGUACCGAGGCAGAACCCGCAACCGAACGUUCAACCGUAUCCUGAAGCUACUGGACGAUGCGGAGAACUCUUCGGACGCAACCCGGACCUCAACCACGUUAGCCCGUGUCGGCAGAAUGACCAAACGCUGGGCACUUCGGUCGUACCGGUCGGCCAUUUCCCACGCCACGUUCCCGCAACUACCGCCAACCCGCCGGCGAAGAGCUGCACCCCAGUCCGAAUCCCAAAUGUACACGUAAAAAUUUGGCAAACCCGUUAUCACUUUCUCUCGAGUUUAGAAGUCUUUCACCAAGAAAAAACAAAAUCCUACUACUUGCCCGAAUAAAAACCAAACCAAAGCGAAAACACAACUAAAAAGCAGACAAAAC